CAAUAAACGAAUCUCAAAUACAAAUGUCUCUCGCAACAUGUUGCCGAACCCCACCUGUUGCUGGCAACAUCACUUUGCAUCCCCACAGCGCCAGCAACAUUCAUCAGCCGCCCCGUUGGCCAAAUGGCAAUUUGUUUGCCUGCCAUCCUGCUGUCCGUUUUUUUCUGGCCUAUAAAAGAACUCGAACUUCGACCAGAAGCAUCAGAAAACCAGUGUCCGCUCCAAAGAACACAUCAGACCGAAAUACAUAUUUUGCCAACCAGUGUUACUUUCUAAAAAGUUUUGCAAAUAUGAAAUCAAUGUUGCUCAACGCAGUCUUAGUGCUUUUCUUACUAGCAGAAUUCAGUGCGGCAGAGUUGGACCACGACAAGAACCGACGAGGUGCCAAUAUGGGGCUUUAUGCCUUUCCGCGCGUUGGCCGCGACGGAUUAGAAGCUGGAGUCCUCGAUGGCAUUUACGGUGAUGCCUCCCAGGAGGAUUACAAUGAGGCUGAUUUCCAGAAGAGGGCCAGUGGUCUGGUGGCCUUUCCACGCGUUGGCCGCGGAGACUCGGAGUUGCGGAAGUUGGCCCAUCUCCUGGCCCUGCAACAGGUGCUAGACAAGCGCACAGGGCCCAGUGCCUCUUCGGGAUUGUGGUUCGGACCCCGCCUCGGAAAGCGCAGCGUAGAUGCCAAGUCCUUUGCGGACACCGCCAAGGGACAGAAGGAAUUCAACUAGAUACUCCCACUCGUACUCCGCACUGAUGAAAGGCUCCUUUGACACUCCAGUUUUGUUUAUCAAAGAGAACGCUUCUGAUUGAAUAUUGUAACGGGUAUACAGCAAAUAUGUUUUUCGGUCAAAUAUAUAUAAUUAAUUAAGGGCUGGUGAGAGCUUGUAAUUAAUGUCUUUGUGUGUUGUUCAUGCCAUUUCGAGUAUGUAAAUAUAAUAAAAUAGAUCAAAUAACCUGC